AUUGCCCCCCCUCGCGAUGGUGUAGCGCGAUGUGUCGGAAGCGCCGAAACGUCGUAGGAUCGUAGGAUCUACGCGCGAUGCGAGCGAGAAGAGAGGCCGGGACGCGUAGGGAAGCGUGAAGGUAGCCGCGGCAGCGCGGGGGUGGGGGAUGACGGGGCGACAGUGAUGUGGUAACAGCUGUAGGCUCGGUGCUUUUUCCGCGGUGGAUUUUACGGAUCGAGCGCGUGAGAUCGGUGACACACACGCGCGCGCGGAGCCGCCCGUCGAGUUCGCAGCGAGUGCGCGUCCGACGAGAGUGCCGAGUGUCGGUGACGCGGCCCCGCGGCGGUCGCGGCGCGCGCCAACCGUUUCGCCAGGCAGAAAUGAUCCCGAAUGCGGCCGCGGCGUAGGCAUUCGUGACGCGCCAUGUCGCGCGUACCCAGCUGAUCCCACGCUCUGACACAACGCACGCGUCUCCCCGUCAGCCGCGGGCGUUCCACGCUCCGAAGUUGCGCAAUUGCCGAGGGAGAAUAUAGCGCGCGUCUUCCUUCAUGAACGUGACUCGGUCGUGAUUUCGUCAAAUCCGAGCUGCCGAGAAAGAGAGAGAGAGCGAGCGAGCGAGCGAGCGAGAGAGCAAGAGAGAGCGAUAGAGAGGAAGAUAGAAUGGCGGAGCUGGAUGACUUAUUUCACACGGAUCAAUAUGUAGGCCCGGAGCGGCUUGCCGAUCUGUGCUACAAGCUCAUCUGCGAGAAUCUCGACAUUAUCUCGGUAAAGGGGAAACGCGGCCAUCGGAUGCUGCGCAAGGGUAUAACCUUCCCGAGCGAGAUAUGCGACAAGAUUAUAGAGUACGCGCAGCGCAGCGAGGCGACCGAGGACGACGACUGCUUCUUCUCGAUCUUCAAAAAUCAGGCGGCCACGCGGCUCAAGCACGUCAAGAUCUCCAAUUGCAGCCUGACCGACACCUCGGUGCAGACGCUCGUCGGCCACAAGCUCUACGACCUGGAGCUCAUCGAUUGCAGCAACGUGACGGAAUUCUGCAUCGAGCACAUCAAUACCAAUUCGGAGAACCUGCACAGCUUGGUGUGCCAUGGAACUUCGAUGAUCGUACCUUCUACCUUAAACCUCUCCUCCAUCAAUUACUACCAGCGUGGAUAUGUUUUCAACACGCCGAAAUUAAAGCGCCUGGAAUUAGGAUACGUAGGAAUACCAUCGUCGGAAUAUUUACUCCUCCUAGCGGGGCUGUCGAAUCUGACGCAGCUGGACUUGUCCAAUAGUUGUAACAUUGAUACUUUUGAAUUCUAUCAUCUGGUACCAAACUUAGUAUCCUUAGCUUUGUACAACGUUAAGAUCAAUACCGACCCAAAAUCCUUUGUCAAGAACAUCUGUCAAUUAAAACAUUUGAGGUACUUGGACAUUUCUCAGUCAAAUUAUAAACAUGGACAGUUUGAAAAUCCCAAUAAGAUCCUGUCCGACCUGGUGAAUGGUCUACCUCAGUUGGUUUCUUUAGACAUCGGUGGUACAAAUCUUGCGGGAAGAGGCGUAGCCGAACGUCCCGUCGACACGAAUAUCGAAGACUUUGGGCAGCUCUCCGAUAUACCGGGACUCGCAUCUAGGAUACAUAAGCCGUUACAAUUCUUAGGACUUUACGGGACUAUGCACGGUGCUUGUAGAAGACACGACAUACCGGCGAAAGUGGUGGCUGGUGAUGCAAAUGAGGAUCAAAUACUGAUCGCGGCUCAUGUUUGUAUGGACAAUAAGCAAGAAUUACUACAAAAAGUAUUGGGCGACUUAUACCACGUGUUUAGAUAUGAAAAUUGUCAUAGGAUGGAUCAAGCGCUAUGUACCGUGUUGGAAGCGAUGGAAAAGCAUCCAGCUCAGAAGCAUAUACAAAUAUCGGGAAGCGCCACGUUAUUUUACAUAGUAAAGAUGAAGGAAAAGGGUGAAUUAGUAGCGCGAAUGAAGAGAAGGAUUAUCAGUACUCUCCUUGCUGGUAUGAGCACACAUAGGGACGAAGAGACUAUGAUGCGGAACGGUUGUUUGGCGUUGUGUCAGUUCCGCAUACCACAUGAUGUGAUGUCGAAUUAUGAAACCCUUGUAAAGGUGCUUCUACAUUCAGCCAAACACUCCGAACCAGAAAGUUUUGUCCAAAGAAUCGGCAUAUAUCUAUUAAACUCUCUAGCUUGUCAAGUGGAAGGUAAAGAAAAGAGAUUGCUCGGCAAGCUGGGUUGUGUUAAAACUAUGUUAGAAUUGGUGGAGUAUAGGGUGGAGACAAACAUAUUCGACGACGUGCUAGAAGUCGCAUGGUCGACUAUGUGGAAUAUGACGGACGAAACAUCCAUAAAUUGCCAGCGAUUCUUGGAUGAGGAAGGCAUGGCGCUUUUCCUCAAGUGCGUACAGGUGUGUUUCGCAAAGUACGCUAUACUACAACAAUAUCCACACAAAGAAGAGCUGUUGAGAAAUAUGAUGGGUUUGCUGGGCAACGUAGCCGAAGUCGAGUAUCUUCGGAUCCAUCUGAUGCAGGAACGAUAUGUAACCGUCUUCGCCAAUCUGUUACGCUCUAAUAGCGAUGGAAUCGAGGUUCCGUACAACGCCGCUGGUAUAUUGGCACACAUGGCAUCCGAUGGUAUUGACGCUUGGACAAUAGAAAAGCCAACUCGUAAAGAGGUUCUUAAGUACAUGGUGCAAGCGAUUGAGAGUUGGGACUUGAAUGCGGAACGUAACAUCAAUUAUCGCUCGUUUGGACCACUGUUACGUCUGCUGGAUGUGUAUCAUACUCCACCGUGUCAACAUUGGGCCGCUUGGGCUCUUGCCAAUCUCACCAAAGUAUACUCAUUCAAGUACUGCGCAUUGGUGGUGAAAGAAGGAGGACUGGAGAAGCUGCAUACGGUGAUAGCAGAUCCCAGACCAUACGAACGUAUAAAAGAACUUGCAAACUUGGUGAUUGAAAACUGCUGUAACGAGAGCCACUCCGACGACGUAAAUGUCUCUCAUUCUGCUUUAGACGCGGAAUACAGCCUGGAUGGCUAAAAAGACGGAUCUUAAUAAUGUGCACACGUUGCAUAACUUAUAUCAUUUCUUUAGACAAAACAAAGUAUGAUUAUGAUAUUAGUAUCAUAACUUGGACAGAGAUAAUAGCAGAAGAAAAUUACAUAGACGAGUCAGAUUAAACAUGAGUGUGUUACAUUAACUUGGUAACGAUGGAUCUGUUCUUUGUAGCUGUGCUAUGUCAUACUCUCUGCGCUUAAAACGAAAUAAGUACAUAAUUAGGCGAGGAGAGAAAACAGAAACGAUGAAAUGUAUGAAGGGUUUAGCUACAAAAAACAAGUCUAUUUUUUCGAUAAAAAGAAGUGGAAAAGGACGGAUGCUCAAUAUUACAAUUACAAAGGUUGUGUAUGUAUGCUUGCUUGGACGCGUAUGUGUGUACUCGACCGUGCUCGUGGGUGUAUGUGCGCGCGCGUGGGUUCAUGUAUUUGGAUGGAGAAUGCAAAGUAUUUUGAAAUGAUUAUUCAAUUACGCAAAUAUUCAUCUUAUACAUUAUUGCCGGUAAUUAAUGGUUGACUGAACCGAGAAUCUCAUCCGAUCGAUAUAUAGUACAUACGGUGUCUCGAAUGUCUUGCCAUAAGAAAAUCAUAUUCUUUCGAACUACUCGGAUACAGGUAUGCGUCAUCUCUAGAUAUUUGUGAAUCGAGAUUGCGUGUCAAAAAAUUAAAACCUAAACUUUUAUUUAUUUAAAACUGAAUAUUAGCUGUUUACUUAUUUUCGACCGAUGUUUACUCUCAUGCGAAUGAAGCUCACAGAUGCUUAAACUCGGAUAGAAUUUUCAACGAUGCAUUUGUCACGCCGUGUGUAUGUUGUACAUACUUUUCAUAUAUAAUCGAGCCUUCACCUUUCGACACCUCUGUUCUUAAUCAGCUGAACUUUUGAAAAUAAUUAGCGAAAUUACAAACGCGCUUAGAUACGAUGAGAGAAAUGAUGGGGGGAGAAUGAGGAAUUUUUCUUUGUCCUAACGGCUUGAGAGUAAGGAGGUUCGACUAUAAAAAAAAACGAGAAUGAAUAAUCGGAGUUGGGCUUGCACGCUUAUUAUACUUGUCUUUAACUAAUCGUAUUGACUUUCGUACAAUAUGUGGAUGUUUGUUCUGGCCUUUCUUUUCUUUCUAUCUUUGUUUCCCCCCCUCCCUUUCUUGUAGAUAUAUAUACGACGUAGCGUAGGUAAUUCGUUCUCAUUCUACUAGGACUUUUCCAACACGGAAGGACGUGACAGGCUUAGAAGAACUUUGCGUGUAAAUAGAAUUACGAGGGAGCAGUAUAUUAGAUUUAAAUGUUUUGUAUGUUAUCGUUAUAAUUACCAUUAAAGUCCCUUGAGAAAAUUAACUCGUCGAUUAAGUCCCAAUGACAUGGUAUAUCGAACGUAUACUUUCAACGAAUUUCCACAGAUUUGUCUUUACGUAGGUUCUUGUUCAGUGACAAGAAUACGCGGGGAAGGAAUUACAGCGAUUGUUACCAGCGUCAACGUAAUGCGCGUGACGAUGUAAUCACAACGCAUCAUGCAUACGGUUUGUUCGAUGUAUAAUAUAGUAUUAUCUGAAAUUAUUAUUAGA